CAUAUAACUUUGCACAAUCUCUCUUUCCUAUUUCACCUCCACUUCUUCAUUCUCUUUCUCUCCCCUUUCUCUCUCUCCAUAAAUAUAUAUAUAUAUAUAUAUAUAUAUAUAUAUAUAUCGUCAGUAUACAACUGAACGUUCUCCAAAUCUGACCCACAGCACCCCACACAAUUUCCAUAACAGAAAUGAAUUUCGAAACUACUUAAAAGCACGCCAGUCCAUCUUCCUCCUUUCAAUAUCUCCUUUCUUUCUCUCUCCCUAUAUUUAUAAAAAUAUAUAUAUAUAGACAUAUACAUAUACAUCCGAGUUUGUUGUUGUCUAUGAAAGAUGGCCCGGAAUGUUCGUUUGGCAUUUAUCUUUGUUAUAGGGCUGAUUGUCUUUUUGGCUUCUCUGUACCACAAUCUCUUCCGUGAAGAACUUUCCGGCGACUACCUCCGCCUGCCUCCGGUCGAUUUCAGAGGUCAAUACGAUAAUACAAAGACCGGCGUCAAUUACGCCAUCCAAGAGGUGCCCAGCCCGCUCACCAGCCGUCACGUCUCCCCCAAUUCCGCAAUCCAAGAGGUGCCCAGCCCCAGCCGCCACCAGAGCAGUCGUCACGUCUCCUCCGUACCGGACACCAUAUCCUCCGUCUCGAUUCUGUUUCCGGGAUGGGACGUUCUCGUCGUCGUCUCGCCGGAGACACCGUUGCCAUCAGGUACCGGCGUGGACGACUACAGGUGUGUCUUCCAGAAUAACGACACGUCUCCGGCGAGACCAGGAAGGAGAGUCACCUUCAAUCGCAGGACGUUCAAGUGCGAGUUGCCGAGAAGAGUCCGGCGUCUCCGGCCUUACCUCCAGCCGAUUCUGACACGAUCAGCGGAGUUUCCGCCGGAGAGAGUCUCCCCGGCGCCUCAGCUGCAUUGGUGGAACUUCCUCGUCUACGAGUCCCUCUCCACUGAAAACGACGUCAUCUUGUUCGCCAAAGGCCUCAACAAUCGCCAGGGAGUCAACAGAACCCCGACGGAUCUCCGUUGCGUGUUCGGCGACGACGGCGUCUCCACCGCCGUCACCACAUCAAUACAAGAGGUCUUCCGCUGCAAACGGCCGGAGCCGACGGCCGUCCCCUCCUCAUCCGGCACGGACGAAAACGAGCGAAUCAAAAUCUCCCUCGAAAUUUCUGAAGGAGAGAAGCGUGUCCUGCCCUCCCUGGCCUACCACGCCCCGCGGCGCAAGUUAGCAAGCCAGCAGCCAAAGUCGCUAAUAUGCGCGUGCACCAUGGUGUACAACGUAGCCAAGUUCUUGAGAGAGUGGGUUGUUUAUCACUCCAAAAUUGGGGUUGAGAAGUUCAUAUUGUAUGAUAAUGACAGCGACGAUGAUUUGGAAAAAGUGGUUGAAGAGAUGGUUCGAGAAGGUUACAAUGUCAGCACAUUGUUUUGGAUUUGGCCAAAGACGCAAGAAGCUGGAUUUUCUCAUUGUGCUAUAUAUGCCAAGGACUCGUGUACUUGGAUGAUGUACAUUGAUGUUGACGAGUUCGUGUACUCUCCCUUAUGGUUGAAUUCAUCACAACCGUCAAACCAGAUGCUAUCAUAUCUUUUGCCCGUUUGGAAUCCUGAUAUCGGACAGGUCAUGAUGAAUUGUUACGAAUUUGGACCGUCGAAUCAGAAUUCACAUCCGGUGUUGGGCGUGACACAAGGGUAUAAUUGUCGAAAAUUGGGCGAGAAUCGUCACAAGUCUAUUGUGUUGUUGGAAGCAAUAGAUGAUUCUUUGCUUAAUGUGAUCCACCAUUUUCAGUUGAAGCAAGGGUACAGGUCUAAGAAAUUCGGAACUCACAAAGUGGCGGUGAACCACUACAAGUACCAAGCGUGGCCUGAGUUCAAGGCCAAGUUUAGGAGGCGGGUGUCGGCCUACGUCGUGGAUUGGACAAGGUCAGUGAACCUCAUGUCGAAGGACAGGGCACCGGGACUAGGGUCCGCCCCGGUUGAGCCCCAGGGGUGGCCUCAGAAGUUCUGUGAGGUGUAUGAUGAUAGGUUGAAGGACAUGAGUCGGAGAUGGUUCGGGUUUGAGUCACCAUCAGGGCACCAAAUGGCUUGGCAGAGAUGAAACAGAGGCUUAAAUUAAAACCCCCCAAUUGAUGCAUUUUAGGUUGGUUAUUGACUUGUGAGGGUCAUCUCCGGUUCCACCAUUUUUAGGGUUUUAAUUGGUGGUGCAUUGUACACAUGCAUAUAAAGAAAGAAUACAGAUAUGGAAACAAAGUAGGGUCAAAGUUUUGAAUUGUUUUUAUUUUAUUUGUUUUACCUCCCUAUAUUCUGCUUAGGUUAGGGGAGAAAGCAAAUUCUUUUCUUGGUUCAAAAGGAAAAUUUUCUUGUUUCAAAAAAAGUUUGCGUGUAUGUAGAGAAAUGAAAUACCAUAUUUUAAUAUUAUUGAUGACUAAGAUUGGCUUAUAA